AUGCCUAAGGAGAAGACUACUCGCAAGGGCGCCAAGGAGCGUGUCACUCGCCGCAAGAAGGACCCCAACGCCCCCAAGCGUGGUCUGUCCGCUUACAUGUUCUUCGCCAACGACAACCGCGACAAGGUCCGCGAGGAGAACCCCGGAAUCACGUUCGGCCAGGUCGGCAAGAUGCUUGGUGACAAGUGGAAGGCUCUCACCGAGACCGAGCGCAAGCCCUACGACGCCAAGGCCGCCGCUGACAAGAAGCGCUAUGAAGAGGAGAAGGCCAAGUACGCUGCUCAGGCCGAGGAAGAGGAUGAGUCCUCCUAA